CCCAACAAGUAACAGUAUCAGGGGAUCUUCACCAGCACUGAACGCAGUACAAAUGACCUCCUUUAUCCAACUGGUGGAGCUCUAUGGAUAAGCUCCCCGACCCCACCAGGUCCCCCUCUGCCUUAACCCCCAGGAAGGCACCCCCUACCCCUGGAGGGAGACGGAGGUUGACAAGACGGAUAAAUUACCUGCCUUCCAAAUUCAAGGAUGAUGACGAGUUUAUUGGCUUUGCUACGCUGCCGGACCAGGUUCACCGGAAGGCGGUCAAAAGGGGAUUUGACUUUACCCUGAUGGUUGUUGGGGAGAGUGGCCUCGGGAAAUCAACCUUAAUCAACAGUCUGUUCCUCACAGACCUCUACAAGGAAAGGGAGGUCACCCAUGUAGAAGAUCGGGUGAGCUGUACAGUUGAGAUAGAGAAGAAACAACUGGAGAUCGAGGAGAAGGGGGUGAAACUACGCUUAACUAUUGUAGACACUCCUGGGUACAACGACGCAGUCAACGCCGAGAGCAGCUGGAAAAGUCUUGUUUCCUACAUCGACAAGCAGUUCGAACAAUACUUCCAGGAUGAGAGCGGACUGAACCGAAAGAAUAUUGUUGAUAACCGAGUGCAUUGUGUCCUUUACUUCAUAUCCCCAUAUGGGCACGGGUUGAAGCCAAUCGACAUACAAGUAAUGAAGAAACUACAUAACAAAGUUAACAUUGUGCCACUGCUUGCUAAAUCAGACAUUCUUACCAAGGCUGAGGUGAAGAGAUUAAAACAAAGGAUCAUGGAUGAGAUUGAGAAGAAUGACAUCCACAUCUAUGAGUUCCCCGACUGUGACAGUGACGAGGACGAGGACUUUAAGAAGCAGGACAGUGACUUGAAGGCUGCUGUUCCCUUCGCUGUAGUAGGCUGUAACACUGUGGUGGAGGCAGGGGGCAAGAAGAUCCGGGGCCGGGCGUACCCCUGGGGUAUUGUGGAGAAAACUCAUCAGUCGCUAUUAUUCUGUUUCAGCACUCACAUGCAGGAUUUGAAAGAUAUAACGUCUGAUUGCCAUUAUGAGAAUUACAGAGCAGAACAUCUCAAAGAUCACCUCACAACUUCACAGAAGGACAGAAGCAAACUCAAGAGAGAUUCCAGUCCCAACUUUGAAGCCAUCAUGGAUGCAGACAAACUGUUACAGCAGAAGGAUGCUGAGAUUCAACGAAUGCACGCGAUGCUGGCCAAGAUGCAGCAGCAACUACAACAAGGGCAGAAAGAACAGAAAGUGAACGGGUUGGGUAAACUCUGAGAGCACAGUUCUAUAAAUAGAUUGAGUCAUGUGAUUAGCAUGUGAUCAGCUGCUGCUGACAACGUGAGAGUUACUGAACUCUCAUUCUAAGCUGGGGGAGAUGAGCCAAGAAUUACACAAGGCUGACGAAUGAUAGUCACGUGGUCACGACUGUGAGUAGAAUCCCACACAGAAGGUCAAGGUCUUUCAUAACCCUCCCUAAAUUUCCCUAGAUACGAGACUUUAACACAAGUAAUAAUACUCGACAGUACAUCUUACAUCAAUUACCACCAUAGGGUCAUAAAUAAUGUUACGAUUUUAUCACUGUAGAACCAAUAUGGCCAGAAGGACCUUCUGAGGGGAGGUACCUCUCACAGGACUGGUCACGUGAUCGUAGAGGUGGGAUAUUUAUCCUACGCCUGCGUACCUACUGAUGCAAACUAUUUUGAAGGAGGAACUACAUUCUCAAGUCACAAGUGUAAAUCAGGGACUCCGUAGUUGGUGUCACAUAAUUGUUGUUGUCCACCAUCUUUCUUCAUUCAGCACUGGUCAAGGUCAUUACUCAGUUAUCUCCCUUUCCAAUAUUGCCACGCUUUACACAAACUGACUUUUCCCCUUCAUAUGAAUUUUAAUGACUUCAGUCUUAUUCACAUCAGAAUCUUAUAGUUUAUAUAUCCUUGCACAAUGACCAUAAUUCCUCUAAAAUUAAAAAAAUGAAUUUUGAUUUCUUCAGAAUUCAGAAAAAUCUUAAUUUUUGAAUUUAGUUUAAAAAAAUUGAUUCCAGUGAAUGAUUGUUGAAUUUGCAAAACAGAUUCAGAGAAGGUUUAAUUUUUAGAGGAAUUAUGAUAUCCAAACAGACUAUCAAUGCUUUUGCAAUAAAUGGACCAACGGUUAUAUUGAAAGGGAGGUAACUGAUUGAGCGCAUGUUUUCAGCUUGGAUGUACAUUGCGUAUUGUAAAGGUAUGAAUCAGUUUUGUUAUUACAGUCAUCAAUGAGAGAUUAUCAAGCAUCAGUUACUCUAAAUUACUUGCCCUCUUCUUCAGAGUCUUAAAAAUAUUUGAUAGUAAUUAAUUACAAAAUGUGAUGAAUUAUCAAUCGGCUCAGCGUCAAUUCAAGCAAUAAUUCAAAUUCAAUUUUCUUAAAUUUAAAUAUAGAGGGCAAAAUAUGUACUUUCAUUUUUUACAAUCCUUAAAUAAAUAUUUGGAAACCAUUUUUCUCAAUAUCUUGUCUCACACUAAUGCAUCAUGUUUAGAGUGAAUAUUAAUAAAUUAUGUUUUAAUAAUUAGAACAAGACUGUAAAUGCCCGUCAGAUGAAUCGACAGAAUGGUUUUGAAGAAUAAAUGCCUUUUUGCAAAUAUUAUAUUAUUUUCUCAAAAACUGAUAAAAUGUUGAUAAUUAAAAAAAGGUUGUUUGUUAAUCAGAUAUGUCUUCAAAGGAUGUACUAUUCAGAGUUGGUAUUGGAUUUGCUUGACAUUUAUGAAUGAAAUAGACAAAAGUGUGUGGUAUGCUUGAGCAGAUAUGGCAUGUAAAUAUAUAUAUUUGCAAAGAGCUUUUUUCACUGUAAAUUGCUAUGUAUUUCAAUAUUUCCUUGUUCAUCUUUUCAACCUAAAUUUUCUCCUAAAUAAAUAUUAAAUAUUCAUGAUGGUACGUGUGAAAACUUUACAUUUUUGCUUAAUUUCAAAUGACACUUCGUUACAUUUAUCAACUCACCUUUUCUUAAAUAUUUCAUUCAUGUAUUAAUUGAUAAUUCAUUUUGUCAUAUAUAACAUAUUCUCGAAUUAUUUAUUUCAAAAGUAUGUAGAAAUAUUAAAUAUUAUUUACAUGUAUUAGUAGUAGUAUUUAUUUACAGGUUAUGUUAUUUUUAAAUGUGAACAAUACAUUAGAGAAUACCCUUUAACAUAUAGAUAUGUGAGCAUAUGAUAUGUCUUGCUCUGUAUGUAUAGAGUAAUACCGAAUGGGUCUUCUGUCCAUUUCAAACAAGGUCUGCCACACAUGUCUACUCUUGUACUAUUGGAUAGCCUGAGGGGGCGGUGGGGUAGCCUAGUGGUUAAAGCGUUGGCUCGUCACGCCGAAGACCCGGGUUCGAAUCCCCACAUGGGUACAAUGUGUGAAGCCCAUUUCAGGUGUCCCGAGCCGUGAUGUUGCUGAAAUAUUGCUAAAAGCGGCGUAAAACCAAACUCAGUCAGUCAGUCAGUGGAUAGCCUGAGAAGAUCCUGGUUAUAAGUGAUCUUCAACCCAUGCUUGGCAGUGGGGUGGCCUAGUGGGUAAAGCAUUGGCUCGUCACGCCGAAGACCCAGGUUCGAUUCCCCACAUGGGUACAAUGUGUGAAGUCCAUUUCUGGUGUCCCCCCGCAGUGAUAUUGCUGGAAUAUUGCUAAAAGUGGCGUAAAACAACCUCACUCACUUGUACAAUUGGCUAGCCUGUGAAGAUCCCUUUAUAAGUGAAGUUCACCAACCCAUGCUUGUUGUAACAGGAGGGGGAGUUGGGUAGCCUAAUGGUUAAAGCGUUCGCUCAUCACAACAAUGCUUGGGUUUGGUUCCCCACAUGGGCACAAUGUGUGAAGCCCAAUUCUGGUGUCUCCAGACAUGAUAUUUGUGUAAAACGGCAUUAAUAUCACGACAUAAAACCCAAUCCACUCACUGGUGUAAGACUGAACGGGAUCUGGUGGAUUUGUUGCUUUGGUUGAUUUUCGUGUCUUGUUGCAGUAUAAUGGCAGUAUCGCUACAGCCAGCAACAUCAGCAACAACAUCAGCAACAACAUCACUUGGUUGACAAAAACUGUUACAACCAAGAGAUCAUCUUUUACCAUAAUUUUUAUUACUGAGAUGAUGUCAUGAUGCUUUUGUUUGGAUCAUUUUUGUGAACAGAAAACAUAAAUGGAUAGUGGACCCAUAACUGCAGCAAACUCACUGCCAUCAAAUGGGAUGCAAUAAGAAAUAAUAAUAAUAAUAAUGACAAUAAUGUUGUUGUUUAAAAAAAAAAUCUUUUUCUAUAAAAACUGAUGACACAUUCCUCGUACAAGGAGUUUUAUGUUAAGAUAUGAAAAAUUAUGUUCUGAUUUCAGCUUGAAUUUUGAUAUACCUCUAGUAUUCAAGUAUAUGAAAGUUAUUAUAAACAAUUGUAAUGAUUGAGAUAAGAUGGAAACUUUGCUCUUAUAGUGAAUUCAAGUUAAAGGUGAUUAUGUUAUUUUAUAUUUUUUUAUUUUGAAAAAAGUAUAAAAGAAUGAGUUUUUGUCGAGAUACUACUGUGAAGAAUUUUCUAAAUGUUUUGUAUUUGUUAAAUCUGAUGUAGAUUUGCUGUAGAUUUAAUGAUUGACACGCUCAGAGCGUUGGAUGUACUUCGUACUUUUGUUGUCAUAUCUCGUGCUGUGUCUAAUAAUCAUCAGUCAAUAAACAUGGUAAAAUAGCA